CCAGUCGCAAAAGAUAUUGUUUAAUUAUUUUCAGCUGAAAUUAAUCUCCAAUUAUGUAAUGAUUUAUACAACUUGUGGUUUUCAGGCUCAUGGAGCCGUACCUUUAUGGAUGUCGAUUAGACCAGGACAUAAUUGACUUGGACCAGACCGUAGAGCACCUUCAGCUGGCUCUUAAUUUCACUGCCCACAUUGCCUAUCGUGGUGGCAUUAUAUUGUUUGUCAGCCGCCGGCGUCAGUUCGGUCACCUGGUGGAGAGCACUGCCAUGAAAUGUGGGGAAUACGCCCAUACACGAUACUGGCAGGGUGGUCUCCUUACGAAUGCUCCUGUCCAGUACGGCCCCAAUGUUCGCCUUCCAGACCUCCUCAUCUUCUUGUCUACUCUCAAUAAUGUGUUUCAACAACACGUGGGAAUCAGAGAUGCAGCAAAAAUGAAUAUUCCCACAGUAGGUGUGGUGGACUCGAACUGUAACCCCAGUCUGAUAACAUACCCUAUACCUGGGAAUGAUGACACCCCAGUUUCCGUGGAGCUGUACUGUCGUUUGUUUCAGAUGACCAUCAGACGUGCCAAAGAUAAAAGGAGACAGAUGGAGCUUCUUCACGGCCUGUCGAAACCCACCCCGGAAAGCUCAUGACAUUAUUCGUUCUUGAGAAUGAGACAUUAAAUACAGUAUGUUAUCAAAAAA